AUUCUCAAACAGCGCCACCGCCAACACCGCUGGCAAUCAAUGUAAACACACAAUUUUGCAAACAAAAACUUCUUGUCAUCCUGCAGGAACGGAGAAAUUGAAAAUAAAAUGAAGUCGACCGGCACCUAUGAAGUUCCCUCAGUCAUGGCCUACGGCCUUCCGUCUACGGCAAACAAAUUGUCCCAGGCUCACCCUUUGGAGACCUCGGAAAGAAACUUCUCAGCUAACCAAGAAAAGGCUGAGAUGAGGGUGCUGAGAGCGACACAAGGCAUGCAUGCACCUCUUCGAAUCCAGAUGGAGAAAAAAGCAGCUUCCUUGGCUGGAGGUCGUUUGCCCUUUAUGACCAGUGAGCGCCUUGCGCUGCAGGUCCUGAAUGGAACAGACACCAGCAUUGCCUUCCAGGACGUCCUCAACAUGCCUGAAAACAGGGAAAGGUCCGGCGUGCCCAGUGCCGAGAUGGAAAGGAGUCUUGGAAUGCUUUAAUUCUGCUAUGUCGUUGAUACAAAACCCAAUUUUUAAUUUAAGGCGUUCUGAUAUGAAAUAAAUUAAUUAUUCAUUUGCUUA